AAGCCAGAACUGCCUGAUUUCUGGAAGGUGGUUUCCGAGUGAUUUCUUCUAUUUUAGAACAUUGUUCCAUUGGAAAGCGUGGAAGUCUUGCGCGCUCCGUGCUCGUUUCUCCGAGUCACCUCACUUUUCUUCUGAGAGUGCUUGGAGGAGAGCCUCGGCCGACUCCCUUUGCAGGACCUGCCAAGGGGAGGACUAUGGACAUGAUUCCUCCCCGUUCAUGGGCCAGUGCAGGGAGGCCUGGUAGGGCAGUUUCUGGGUCACAGACAUUGCAUUGAAGUCAGGGAGGCUGGACAGCAUCUGUGGGUGCUGAGACCCCACGACUGGGCCGCUGCUGUGCCAAGCUUCCGAUGGUAGUGCGGUCUUGGACACCCUUGUGAAGGUCUGGUUCUGGAAGGACCCUCUCCAUCUCUACCCCUCCCGUGCAGUGUCCAGCCAUGGCGCUGAAAGGCCGAGCCCUCUAUGAUUUCCGCAGUGAGAACAAGGAGGAGAUCAGCAUCCAGCAGGACGAGGACUUGGUCAUCUUCAGCGAGACUCCCUUGGAUGGCUGGCUACAAGGCCAAAACAGCCGAGGGGAGACGGGGCUCUUCCCUGCUUCCUACGUCGAGAUCAUCCGCUCCAGCACCAGCACCAGCUAUGCCGACUACUGCAGCAGCCCUGCCGGCUCUCUGGGCCCCCAGGUGAACUUGUAUGACAGCCCCAAUGUGACCAGCCACUCCAGGGGUGGUGGGGGCGGUGGCUUCCUUUCAAAUCAGGGCAGCUUUGAGGAGGACGAUGAUGAUGACUGGGAUGACUGGGAUGACGGAUGCACAGUGGUGGAAGAGCCACGGGCUGGUGGGUUGGGCACCAAUGGGCACCCCCCACUCAAUCUCUCCUACCCGGGUGCCUAUCCCAGCCAGCACAUGGCCUUCCGGCCCAAGCCCCCCCUGGAGCGCCAGGACAGCUUGGCCUCUGCCAAGCGAGGCAGUGUGGUGGGGCGCAACCUCAACCGCUUCUCAUGCUUUGUGCGCUCUGGAGUGGAGGCCUUCAUCCUUGGGGAUGUACCCAUGAUGGCCAAGAUCGCGGAGACGUACUCUAUCGAAAUGGGCCCUCGUGGACCCCAGUGGAAGGCAAACCCUCACCCAUUUGCUUGCUCAGUGGAGGAUCCUACCAAGCAGACCAAAUUCAAGGGCAUCAAGAGCUACAUCUCCUAUAAGCUCACUCCUACCCAUGCUGGCUCGCCUGUCUACCGGCGCUACAAACACUUUGAUUGGCUUUAUAACCGCCUGCUGCACAAGUUCACGGUCAUCUCGGUGCCCCACCUGCCAGAGAAGCAGGCCACCGGCCGUUUCGAGGAGGACUUCAUUGAGAAACGGAAACGGCGGCUCAUCCUCUGGAUGGAUCAUAUGACCAGCCACCCCGUGCUGUCCCAGUAUGAGGGCUUCCAGCAUUUCCUCAGUUGCCUGGACGACAAGCAGUGGAAGAUGGGCAAACGCCGGGCAGAGAAGGACGAGAUGGUGGGUGCCAGCUUCCUGCUCACCUUCCAGAUCCCCACGGAGCACCAGGACCUACAGGAUGUGGAAGACCGGGUGGAUACCUUCAAGGCCUUCAGCAAGAAAAUGGAUGACAGCGUCCUGCAGCUUAGCACUGUAGCGUCGGAGCUGGUACGCAAGCAUGUGGGGGGCUUCCGCAAGGAAUUCCAGAAGUUGGGCAAUGCCUUCCAGGCCAUCAGUCAUUCCUUCCAGAUGGACCCUCCCUUUAGCUCUGAGGCCCUCAACAGCGCCAUUUCUCACACGGGCCGUACCUAUGAAGCCGUCGGUGAGAUGUUUGCUGAGCAACCCAAGAAUGACCUCUUCCAGAUGCUCGACACACUGUCUCUCUACCAGGGCCUGCUCUCCAAUUUCCCUGACAUCAUCCACCUGCAGAAAGGCGCCUUCGCCAAGGUGAAGGAGAGCCAGCGCAUGAGCGACGAGGGCCGGAUGGUGCAGGACGAGGCCGAUGGCAUUCGGAGGCGCUGCCGCGUUGUGGGCUUUGCCCUGCAGGCUGAGAUGAACCACUUCCACCAGCGCCGUGAGCUCGAUUUCAAGCACAUGAUGCAGAACUACCUGCGCCAGCAGAUCCUCUUCUACCAGCGGGUGGGGCAGCAGCUGGAGAAGACCCUACGCAUGUAUGACAACCUCUGAUCACGUGCUCCGGCCUUCCCCACCCUGGGCUGGUGGCUGCAACGCCCCCACCCACACCAGCAGUGACUGGCGGGUGGGCACGGGUGAGGGAGUCGUCUGUCCCUCCUCCUGGGAGAAGAGCUUUGCAGGAGGUAUGGGUACCCCUGGGGAAGUCUCCCACCCCAUAGAGGUGGGGGGGGACAGCCAGGGAGAGAAGGAGGCCGGGACCCCUGCAGGCCUGGGUACGGGCUUCCCAUCGGUUGCUGAAGCCAGGCCAGGCUCUUAGCCUCUCCCAAGCCCACAGUGCUGGCUCACCUGGCCACCACCUCCAUCCCCUCAUUCACUCAGCAGACGUAGGGGCUGGCUGUGGCACCUGUGCAGGUGGCAGCCCGAGUCUAAGUGGGCUCAGAUGCAGAAACAGACAAAGGCAGCACAGAGUGAUGACGGUAAAUGUGGGGUUCCUGGAAGCUGACUGAAGGGACUGGGCUAGCAGCUUGUCAGGGAAGUGACAUUACAGCAGUGUCUAGGAGGAUAAGGAGCUGCCGGACAGUAGAUGAGGAGGACAGAAGCGAGGAGAGCACCUGCAGAGGUGUGGAGGCAUUUAAAUACCCCCUUUUCUCUCCCUUUCCCAAGCAACUUUGGUACCCUCUCCCUGGGGAUUCUGGCCUGCUGGACACAGGGAGGGGUCCAUCUGCUCCCAGGUCCCCACUCACCCCUUUCCCUGCAGGGGCACUGUGGGUCACUUCCUUCUGACUGCCCUCUGCAGCCAGCUAAGCCAGGGAGGGCACUCCGCUGCGUUUCCUUUGGGGCACUAGGUGCUGAGACAAGCCAUGCCCUGGAGUACCUUCCUAGAGGGAACCCCCUAGCCCUCUUCACUUCUCCCCUUCCUCCCCCACCCCAACUACCAGAUAUUUGAAUUCACUAAAAAUAGCUCCUUACACUCCAGGCAGGCUUAGACUCCAGACUCCCGAGGGUCUGGGGUCCUUUGAAACCUGGGAUCCUGCCUGUUGCCAAGUGGGAAACCCCAGGUAAGAAAGACAGGGCUCCUUCCCCCCCAACCCCUCCCCCCCACCACCACAGCCAGCCUCACUGUGAUGCGAGCACCACUCCUGUCGGUGGCUGCCCAUGUUUACAUCCCAGGCUGGAUGUGAUCCCCCAGUGCGCUAGGGGGCGGUUGGCAGGUGCCAUUGCUGGCUCCCCAGGAGGUCAUGGCUGCUCCUGGCUGCUGCUUCUUGAAUCUUUUUUCUUUCUUGUUUCCUUAAUAAACCUUUUACAGUU